AUGAGCAGUGUCAGGAGUUUCCGACGCGUCCCCAAAGCUUUCCGCGUGCGUUCCCUGCAGCGUUUAAUGAGCUUUCGUGCUCCUGGCCCUUCCCCCGCUGUUGGCCCUUCUGCUGCGGAUGCUUCUGCUGAUGCUGCUGGUGCUGCUGCCUUGGAGGGCACGUGUGUGACUGCACGGGAGGAGCAAGAGGGACAUGUUGAGAUAGACGGUGCAUGCGCACCGAGCGGGCGGGUGGAGGGAGUGAGCGUAAGGCUGGGAGAGGCAGAGCUGCUGGGCGUCACUGGCAAGGCUGCUGUGCUGCCUGCUGUGCUGCCUGCUGUGCUGCGUGUUGUGCUGCCUGCUGUGCUGCCUGCUGUGCUGCCUGCUGUGCUGCCUGCUGUGCUGCCUGCUGAUGGCAAGUCGUUGCUGCUGCUGGGUAUUCUGGGGGAAGUGCCUCACUCAUCGGGCGCCAUGCACCGCUCCGUGCCUUCCCUCGCCUACGCAUCGCAGCAGGUCUGCCUCCCAUUUGCCGCUCAACCUUUGCUUCUCGUCUCUCUCUCACCCCUUCCCCACCCACUCGUCUCUCAUCCUUUGCCACCCUUUGCCAGCUCCCCUCUGCCGUCCCAUUUCCCCGUCGCCCACUCCUCCCCUUUGCCCUCUCCUCCCCUUUGCCCUCUCCCCCCCCCUUUGCCCUCUCCUCCCCUUUGCCUUCUCCUCCCCUUUGCCCUCUCCUCCCCUUUGCCCUCUCCUCCCCCUUGCCCUCUCCUCCCCUUUGCCCUCUCCCCCCCCCUUUGCCCUCUCCUCCCCUUUGCCCUCUCCCCCCCUUUGCCCUCUCCUCCCCUUUGCCCUCUCCUCCCCGCCUCCAUCUCCUCGCCACUCUCUCUCAUUCUGCUAGUUAUCGUCUCUGAACGUCUACCAAUGCCCUCUUCCCCCUCGCUCACUCUGCUGCCCUCCCCCACUCAAGGUGGUGGAUGCGUGUGUCCUGUCCUGUGCUCAAACGUUGGACUUCUGAGGUGCCUUAAACGUCGUCCCCAUUGCACUCUCCUCCCCGCUCUCUCUUGCUCCCCUAUCUCCCUUCUCCCCCCCCCCCCCCCCCCUCUCACUUGCUAUCUCCCUCCCCCACUGAAGGUGUUGGACGCCUGUGCCCUCCGCACGGACUUGGCCCUAAUGCCACGUGGCGAUGAAUCAUUGGUGGAGGAGGGCGGCGGCAACCUCAGUGGCGGGCAAAGGGCGCGCAUGUCGCUCGCCCGGGCGGCGUAUGUUGCACUGCACUGCAAGAUGACCUUUGAGUCGACUCUAAAGUCACCCCGGGCAGCAUAUGCCACACCUCAGGCACACACUGAUGGCAAUGGCGGCAGCAAUAGCGCCGUUGCCAGCCACGUGUUUCAGCAGUGCGUGUGUGGGCUGCUGGCAGGGCUGCCCCGGAUUGUCGUCACUCACCACGUGCAGUACCUUGGGAGCUGCCACAGAGUGUUGGUGCUGAACAGCGGCAGAGCAGCGGCGUGUGGCGCAUGGAGUGACCUCUGCGCCCUGCCCUCUGCUCAACAAAACUGCGACAACCCCCCUCUGCCCUUUGCACAACUUCUGAAGCCCCUCAAAGCUUUUGAGGCACCUCAAAGCACAUGGAGUGACAUAUGCACCCUGCCCUCUGCGCAACAACACUGUGACCAUCCCCCUCCGGCACUGGGGCAACCUCUCUCUGGUGGGAGGGGUGUUUCAGACACUGGCUCUGACAGUGCCAUGUGUGCCACUGUCACUGUUUCUGGUACGGUCGUCUGUGCCCCUGUCACCACUGACACGGGUGUGGACGGCACGAUUGCUGAUUCACGGAGCUGCAAAAGCGGCACCACGGUGGUCUGCAGCAGCAAACGUGACACUGGCUCUGACAGUGCCAUGUGUGCCACUGUCACUGGCGGUGACUGUGCUGCUGCUGGCAAUGCAACUGUCACCACUAACACGGGUGUGGACGGCACCGUUGUUCAUUCACAGAGGUGCAAAACUGGCGACACAGCGGGCAGCAGCAGUGGCAGCUGUGUAGAUCGUGGCACAGGCAGCGAGAGAGACACAGAUGCGCCAACAGUCGGCACGAGGGGCUGCAGGGUGGGCAUUCAUGGGGACUCGUCGGUGAGAGGAAGCGAGGAAAGGGCAGAGGUGGAGCAGGCAGAGGCUGCGGCCCUCAUUGGGACAGGGGAUGAGGUGGAGAAGAUUCAGUUGACUAAGGACGGCAUUCAUAGAAACACGUCAUUGAGAGGAAGUGAGAAAGAGGUGCUCUUAGGGACAGAGGCUGAGGUGGAGACAGCGGAGGUGGGGAAGGGAGUGGUAGACGCAUGCAGGGAGGGGGAGCGUGUCUCACUUGAGGACCAGGCUGCUGAGGGCUCGUUGUGCAAGUCAAGAGAAGGACCAUUAGCAGCAGAGAGUUACUCCCUCUUUCGGAGGGGGGAGGGAGAGCAGGAGGAGAGUGGGUCCACAGAAGGUGAUGAGCAAGGUAGGCAUGCAAACGUAGGCAUGCAAACGCCUGCUGGACGUGGAAGGGUGGCAGCGCGGUGCCAUCCCCCUGUUGGUGUUUUGGGGCUACGCCAGAAAGAUCCGCGUGCUGCCUCUGCUGCUCUUUGCCGCCCUCUUCCUCGCCGCACACGCCUGUGGACGGAGGAGCCUGAGACCACACCGCACCCGCUUGCCACCCUCACGGCCAUCGCCCUCUCCUGCGUGGUCCUCUCCCUCCUCGCCUCGCUGCUCCUCCACUUUGCCGCGCUGCGCGCCUCCUCCCGCAUGCACUCACUCAUGCUUGCCUCCGCGCCGGAAACCACACCGCACCCACUGGUCACGCUGGCAGCCAUCGCCCUGUCCUGUGUGGCCCUCUCCCUCCUCUCCUCGCUGCUCAUCCACUUCGCCGCGCUGCGCGCCUCCUCCCGCAUGCACUCACUUAUGCUUUCGUCCGUGCUCGCCUCGCCGCUGGCCUUCUUCCACCGCAACCCCACGGGCCGCGUGCUGAACCGGUUCAGUGAGGACCUCGGGGUUACCGAUGAUGUGCUGCCCCAGCUGCUGCUGGAUUUUCUGAAUGGCCUCCCAACCAUCCGAGCCUUUUCCCAGCAGCGCCGCUUCCACCGCCUCUUCCUGCGCCACGUCACCGCCAAUGCCACCCCGCACCUAUUCUGGAUCGCCACGUGGGAGUGGCUGGGCUUCCGAUUGGACCUCCUCGUUGCCGCCGCCCUGCUCUCCGCCGCCCUCGCCGCCGUGGCCCUGCGCCACUCGCUGCCGCCCGCCAUGGCCGCACUGGCUUUGUCUUAUCUGCUGCAGCUGCCGGACUCCCUGCGGUGGGCGCUGCAGUAUGGUGUGGAGCUCGAGAACACGUACGGCGUUGAGCUGGAGAACACGGUGAGGGGAGGUUGGUUGGUUGGAGGGGGUGCGGGGAAAGUGAGGGACAGAAAGGCUGCCAGACUCGUUAUGGUGGGCGCUGCAUUCACGAGUGUUGAGCGCACACUCGAGUACACCACGCUGCCAGGGGAAGAGCCUACACCUGCCAAAAGUAAAUCCAAGCAUCAGCAGCACAACAAGUGGCAGCAGCUGCAGCAGCAGCAACGACAACAGCAGCAGCAGCAGCAGCAGCAGCAGGAAGGCCCCACCACCAAAUCCUCCGUACCCAGCUUGCUGUUCGGAGCACUGCAAACAGCAAUCAGGCGCCUGUCCUUUAAGAUGGACAACAUCAUCAAGCCACUAUUCUCUCGCAAUCCGCCCUUCACCCACUGCCAAGCCACUGAUGCAGCACCAAACAGCAAGGAGGAGGAGGAGAGGAACAGCAGAAGCGCCGUUUGCCCCUCGUGGCCGUCAGCAGGGGCAGUGCGAGUGGAGCAGCUGACAGUGCGGUAUGGCAGUUCAGGGCUGGCAGUGCUGCGCAGCUUGAGCUUUCAGCUCGCAGGGGGAGAGAAGUGCGGUGUGGUGGGGCGAACAGGUGCAGGAAAAUCCACCCUCAUGCUCGCGCUGCUGCGGUUGGUGGAAGCGUCUUCGGGGAGCAUUCACAUCGAUGGUGUGGACAUUGCAUCGCUGCCCCUCGCCACCCUGCGAAGCAAGGUGGUGGCCAUUCCUCAAGAGCCGGUUCUCUUUAGCCAGUCAUUGCGAUUCAACCUUGAUCCCCUGGGGCAGCACAGUGACGAGGCCCUGUGGUCGGUGCUGGCAACGGUGCACCUAAAGCCGCUGGUGGCGGGGCUGCUGGGGGGGUUAGAGGGUGCCCUGGCUCAGGGCGGGGGGAACCUCUCCCUGGGGCAGAGGCAACUGCUCUGCCUCGCAAGAGCGUUGCUGGCAUCAACACGCGUGUUGCUGAUGGAUGAAGCGACAGCGAGCAUGGAUGGGGAGAGCGAUGCAGCGAUCAAAUCCAUCCUGCGGGAGUCAUUCAAGCACAGCACCGUCAUCACCAUUGCACACCGGCUCUCCACGGUUCUUGAUUACGACCAGGCAAGUCAGAAGAGUGUUGAAUGUGCCCCUUGCUCACGUCCAUGUAUGUGUGUGCGCACACCCAUCAUGCCCACGUCUGUGAGUGCAUGUGCGCACACCUUCGUGCCAACGUCUGUGAGUGCAUGUGCGCACACCUUCAUGCCAACGUCUGUGAGUGCAUGUGUGCACACCUUCAUGCCAACGUCUGUGAGUGCAUGUGCGCACACCUUCAUGCCAACGUCUGUGAGUGCAUGUGCGCACACCUUCGUGCCAACACCCUACGCACGCACACCCCACGCCUCCUUACGCGUGUCCUCCCUUGCUGAAGCCGGAACCUUCAUCUUCGUGGUGAAGGCCAGUUCAUCGCCUUCGAUCGACUCGCAUGACUCAUCACUCUCAGACCGCUUCAAGUCCGACUUCUCCGACUCUCUCACGAUCAGCCGCUUGAUGAACGGCGGGAAGAACGGCCAUAGUCGUUGCCGGAGCUCGGGCAGCCGCCAAUCGUCGCACGUGACUACCCCGCGGCAGAUCGACGCGCCGCAGUGGCAACUGAAAUUAUCGCUGCUGGUGCGGACGACGCCUGCGUUCGCGCUACCGUAG